GCCAGCGAUAAGCAGGGUCUCCGCGUGAGUUGGCGACGUCUGCUGUCCGAGGAAGGUGGUUCAUCCGCUCCUUUAAUCAUUAUUCUCGCACCUGUAACCUCAGCCUUCUUACGUAUGGAAUUCGACGAUGACUUUUACCUCGAGGAAGACAAGCUUCCUGAAACACGCAUAACAUCUGGUUCUCCCGUCAUCGAGAGAAAGGAAAUCAAUGAACCCAAAGAGGAAAAAGAGGAUGGGAAAGGAUCUAAGGAUGAUGAUGAUGAUGAUGAGAUUAAGGAGGAAGAAGAGGAGGAAUGUAAUGAAAAAGAGAGAUUUUUGUUUGGAUUUCGUAUGGAAAACAAGAUGGGUAUGACAGUCACCUCAGGCAGUGUCAACCUUGAGAAAGAUGACAGUAACCUCAUCGGCAUUAGUAUUGGGGGCGGAGCUAAAUACUGUCCGUGUCUCUAUGUUGUACAGGUCUUUGACAACACUGCAGCAUCUCGGGAUGGCACCCUACAGAGUGGAGAUGAGAUCACCGGGGUGAACGGAGUGAAUGUGAAAGGGAAGUCCAAGCAGGAGGUUGCACAGCUCAUACAGCGGUCAGAGGGUACUGUUACUAUUCAGUACAACAAAUUACAUGCCGACCCAAAACAAGGAAAAACAUUGGACAUUGCUAUGAAAAAAGUAAAGCACAGACUGGUAGAGAACAUGUCUUCAUCAACUGCAGACGCCCUUGGCUUGUCCCGGGCUAUAUUAUGCAACGAUUCUCUUGUGAAGAAGCUGGAUGACCUUCAGAGAACAGAAGAUAUGUACAGGUCAUUGAUGGAUCACACCAAGAGAUUACUGAAGGCAUUCUUUGACCUCUGCAUUGUUUAUAAAAGAUUUGGUGACAUCUUCUGUGAAAUUGGUGUACGUGAACUCCAGCAGUCAGCAAAUGAGGCUUUCAAUCAGUUUGGUGAAGCACACCGUCAAAUGGAAAAGUUUGGGAUCCAGAUGCUGAAGAGACUAAAACCAAUCCUGAGUGACUUGGGUACAUAUCUGCACAAGGCCAUUCCCGACACAAGGUUGACAAUCCGACGAUAUGCAGACACGAAAUUUGAAUACCUCAGUUAUUGCCUUAAGGUGAAGGAAAUGGAUGAUGAAGAGAUGCAAUUUGCUCAGUUGCAAGAGCCUUUGUAUAGGGUGGAAACUGGAAAUUAUGAGUAUAGACUGAUUCUACGUUGUCGCCAAGAUGCCAGGGCCAAAUUUGCCAAACUGAGAUCAGAUGUUCUUGUCAAGUUAGAAUUGCUGGAUUCAAAACAUGUCCAACACCUUACUGAACAACUUACUAGACUCAUAUCUGGCCUUGCUACAUACCACAGUCAGUGUCAGGAGCUUAUGCAUGACAAACACUGGUUCCCAAUUGAACUGGACAUGGUUGGAACAACUCUCCAGUCAGAUAAUCGCAGUGACAGCAUACAGAGUGAAGAGGAUGAUGAAGAAUUGCUGGAUACUGAAGGUGCAACAGAAGCAACAGAGGCAGAGCUUGUCCAACCACUGGCAGACAUCACCCUUAAUGACAGUAAGCCACAGCAGGAGGCAAAAACAGGAAACUUUGAAGACAUUAACCUCUUGGGAGACUUUUAAGAGAAGGACAGUCAAUUUUUUUUUAUAUAAUCUGGAAUGAUGUUUAUGUUCAAAGGAUCACAGUAUUGUUUGGUUUAAUUUGUUUUGUUUCCUCUCAUUUCACAGAGUGCAAUAACGAGUUUAAUUUUUUUUUUUUUUUGGUUUAAAGGAAAUUUUCCUGUGAAAUUUGUUUUGUAAUUUCUUAAGAAUGGAAAGUGUUCAACUUGAUAUGAUAGAAUUAUUUGCCUUUUAAUCUCAAGAUUAUCAUAGAUUUAUUUGCCUAUUUACAGUAUUAUGGACUGCAAAUAACCUAUUCCAUCCUUUUACACAAAUCAAUGUGUAGUGUGGAGAAUCUAGCCCUUAAUGCACAUUGAAAAUUGGUAAUAAUAGAAAAUAAAUAUUUUAUGCUUUUACUCUAUAUUUAUAUAUUCUAGUCAGCUUUACAUAAAAGAACAAAUAAAAUGGAUGACAAAAAAUUGAGGUUCAGUAAGCAAGCAGCAGUUAUUAUUGAAGUUAAGUGAACAAACAUUAAGUAUAAUGGUUAGGAAA